ACAACUGGUUUCCUCUAGGAGUCUGGGAGGAGCGCUGUGGAGUCGGCAAGGAGCAACCAGAAGCUAGGAGUCAGUCAGUCAGCCAGGGCAGGGGCUGCCUGGUUGGGAUAGGAGUGGGAGCAGGGCCAGCAGGAGGGUCUGAGGAAGCCAUUCAAAGAGAGCAGCUGGGAGUGCUGGGGAGCCGGGAGGGUUCUUGGUGUGGGGCACCCUCAUCUUCAUCCCAUCACACUGUGCUCAACCCCAAAGGCAUGUUUGUAGGGCGGGGAUCUACUGGGUUCCACCUGGGUGGGGCGCGAGGUUGGUCCCAAGAUUCUGGGUUCCAACUCUGGUCCUGCCCAGCCUACAGACUACAAGAGAGGAUCCUGGCGUUCUGGGCCUCCGGGGUCACCACCAUGAGGCCACUUCUUGCCCUGCUGCUUCUGGUUCUGGUAUCAGGCUCUCCUCCUCUGGAUGACAACAAGAUCCCCAGUCUGUGUCCCGGGCAACCCGGCCUUCCAGGCACACCAGGUCACCAUGGCAGCCAAGGCCUGCCUGGCCGUGACGGCCGUGAUGGCCGCGACGGUGCACCCGGAGCUCCGGGAGAGAAAGGCGAGGGCGGGAGACCAGGACUACCUGGGCCACGUGGGGAGCCCGGACCGCGUGGAGAGGCAGGUCCCACGGGGGCUAUCGGGCCUGCAGGGGAGUGUUCGGUGCCCCCGCGAUCAGCCUUCAGUGCCAAGCGAUCAGAGAGCCGGGUACCUCCGCCAGCCGACACACCCCUCCCCUUCGACCGUGUGCUGCUGAAUGAGCAGGGACAUUAUGACGCCACUACUGGCAAGUUCACCUGCCAAGUGCCUGGUGUCUACUACUUUGCCGUCCAUGCCACUGUCUACCGGGCCAGCUUGCAGUUUGACCUUGUCAAAAAUGGCCAGUCCAUCGCCUCUUUCUUCCAGUUUUUCGGGGGGUGGCCCAAGCCAGCCUCACUCUCAGGGGGUGCGAUGGUAAGGCUAGAACCUGAGGACCAGGUGUGGGUGCAGGUGGGCGUGGGUGAUUACAUUGGCAUCUAUGCCAGCAUCAAGACAGACAGUACGUUCUCUGGAUUUCUCGUCUAUUCUGACUGGCACAGCUCCCCAGUCUUCGCUUAAAAUACAGUGAACCCGGAGCUGGCACUUGCUCCUUAGUGGAGGGUGUGACACUGACCCGUGCAGCGCAUACCAGGAGGGCUGGCCCCCUGGAAUAUUGUGAAUGCCUAGGAAGAGAGGGAGCCACCUCCGGUCCCACUGCUGGCAAUGAAUGGAGACAGAGGCUGCCUGAGGUUAAGACAGACAGCGUGCAGCAGUGGCUGGGUUUCUGCCCAGGACUUUAGAAUGCGGUAGGCUGACAGCUAUGGGUUCUUGGGCCAGGAAUCCAAGGUGGGAUGCUCCCUUCCUAGUCCUGUGCCCCUUCUAGGUCCCUGACUCCAUCUCCUGCUCCCUGAGCAGGCGUUUUUCUCAGAGGUCACUUAAUAAACCUAAAAUCCUCCCA